GCCCCAACGGUUCGUAGUGAGGAGCAGAAGGAGCUGCCUCAGUGGGAAAGUUUGCUGUCUGAACGUGAACGCUCACUGGAAUAUAACAUUCACGGAUCUCAUUAAUCACAGGGAAGAUGAUUCAUCUUGAUCAGUAUUGGAGGAAGUACUCAAAGUAAGCCUCUAUUACCAUGCUGUAGCCUUUGUGUGCAGUAUUCUUGUGACACAUCAAAAAGCUGAGUAUUGACACAGUUUUCAUUUUAUUGGGACACAUAAUUUCAGUGCAGCCACUUGCGCAUCCAAAAAGCCAAAAGGACUGAGGGAACUGAAGAGAGGGACAAGAGGAGAUGAGUGAUUAGCAACUAAUCCAGGACAUGACCAAUCCUGAAGGAGCUAUUGCAAAGAUUACUGCAUUUACUUUAUUUCCUUUAAAAGCCUUUUUUAUCUAUUUUUCCCUGACCGACGUGGAUUAGUGAAAUGUUGAACAUGGACCAGGGGAGUCUCUGGCCAGGGCAUGGUGUGUACAUGCAAGGAUAAAAUACCAAACAUGUGCUGGACAUCCCUUGGAGAACACACUACAGCAUGGCCUUCAGUGCACAGUCUGGCUAAUUCGAAAAGGAAACUGUUUGUUUAUUUUAGCUGCAUAGCAAAAACUUCACUUAAUAUACUUAAGACUUGUUGAGUACUUAAAUAUUUUUGGUUUUAUUGGAUCAUUGUUGGUGGAUAACACAUCAGAUUUUGUCAGGAGAUGUGACCACAAGACUCUGUAUCAAUACAGUCUUGAAUUAUGCAAUUAAGUACAUUGCGAACAGAGAGGUUACUGAAGUACUUUAAGUCAAACAGAAUAUCAUACUUGAGCUUUUCUUGAGGGCAUGAGACCUGUGUGACAAAAGAAAAAAACAAAACUAAAAGAAAGGUUUCAAAUAAAGGCUAGGAAUUGGAGUGCAAACAAGACCAAAUUAAAAAAGCCCACUUGAAAGCUGAUGAAUCCUGUUGAAGCGUUGUAAUAAGUCAUUAAUGAAGUCAAGCUAACAUGUCUGGGAGGCCAGUGUUAAGCCCAUAAAACAUGCAAACCUAUAAAUGUGUGUUACUCUGUCAAAAUGUUUAAGGAGCAAUGGCCAUUAUGCAUUCCAUAUUGAAAUAACAGCAAAAAAGCCCAGAUUUAGUGAAGAUGUUUUUGGCUAUAAAUAGGUUCUCAAAUAUAAAUAUUCAUAUAGAAGGUUGUGGGCUGCAAAGGUUGUAAAGAACUUGAUUCUUUUAGUCUUUCUUAGUCUGAGAUUGAGAAACUCUUCACUUAAAUGGGAGGCUUUUGCAAUAGGAUAUAUUGCAACUGAAUGCCUAAAACACAAUUUGUUACCCCCCAUGCUUAAUUUAAGGACUUUAUACAUUUUAAAAGCAGUGGACUUCAGCCUGAAGAAUUUGAAUGGGACAUAACCUAGUUUUCCAAAGCCUAGAAUCAGUAGUAUAACUAACUAUGCAGCAAAUUAAUAAUUUUUGUAUCCACACAUACCACCAUGUCACUUUCUUUUUUGGAAAAAAAAAAACAGGGCCUGUGAUAUUUGCUUAAAACCUGGUCUUCCUCAACAUGUAGAAGUGGAUUCUCUCAAAUUCUGUGUAGAAGUUUUAUGGUUUCUAUCUUGAACCACAACACAUACCAAAUUUAUUUCUAAACUUGUGCUGAGUACAUUGUCGUGGAAAAUUUUCUCUGAGAAACAUUUUGAUCAACUGCAGUUUUUUUCAUUUGUGCUUAGAUGAGCACUGAGCCAUGCAUAGUUUUGCACAAAUGGCACUGUGUGGAACAUUUUCUGUCAAGAUCAGGCCAGAUUCUUCUCACUACAUAGUAACAAACCUCAAAAAAGAAACUGCUGGAAUACAAGUUUUUUGCUGAAAGGCCAUCUAACUAAAAAAAAAAAAACGGUUUUGAGUUUUUUGUUUUUGUGUUUUGGGUAAUCACAAUUGUCAGCUGCAGUCAUGAACUUGGGCAAGCUGUCUGGACUGAAGGGCCUGGUGUCUCACUCACCAGGGAAGCGCAGAUUCAAGGGUGAUUUGACCCCAGAUAUGAUUAGCCCACCACUAGGUGAUUUCCGCCACACCAUGCACGUGGGCAGAGGGGGUGAUGUAUUCGGAGACACGUCUUUCCUUAGCAAUCAUGGUGGGGUAAGGAGUGCUGGUGAUGGAGACUCCAUUGCUGCCUCAGAGAAAAGUGAAGGCUUCUUCUCUCGCACCCUGCGCCAUGUCCGCAAAACCCCAGACAGGCCACAGGGGGGGUCCAAAGACCUUUCUCCCCCACCUCCACCCAUUUCCCCCAUCAUAAAAAAUGCAAUCUCCCUCCCUCGUCUGGACAUGGACUCACCCAACAGUUGCAAAGUGGUGUUUCCCAGCACACUGAAAACCCCUGAGGACUCUACGUGCUCCUACGGUAUAGAGUCUGGUUUUGUGACACUGCCCAGGAUUCUCCAUACAGACCAUUCACUGCAGGGCAGCGCACCCUCUGGCUGCUCCACCCAAAUCCAUUGCAGCACCCUCACAGACAUGGCCAUUCUGAACCUCUCCUGCUCAGACACACUCAGUCCCUCUGACUCCAUCACCUCCUUCACCAUAGACCUUGGUCCCUCCCUCAUGUCUGAGGUUUUCGCCGUGAUCAACAGUCCUAAUGUCCACCAGGAAACUAACAAAGUCUCUGAAGUGGAGCAUGAGCCUGAUGCUCCAUUUGAGUUGGUGAAUGGCAAAGCAGGAAUGGGCCUGCACCCCAGAACCUCACUGGUGGAUUCUCUUCUGAGAGAGGAUUCUGAGGGCCUGAGCUGUUUGUGUGGUGUAGAAUCAGGGUGUAAAGAUGUAAUGAACAGCGAAACCCCAAAAAGGCCUAUCGUGGGGCAGGUGCGGUGUUAUACUAGAGAAGAACAUGGCAUGGAAGCUGAGAGAUUUCAGAUGGCUGGUAAUGUGCUGGCACGUCAUUAUGGUAGUGGAACAGAAAAGAAUACUAAAAUGAGCUUCUGUCAAAAGAGGCCUAACACUGACCCUGAUGAAGAAGAGAUCAAAGUGUAGCCUAUGGGAAAAAUGUUCUUGAGACAAUCAAAAGUUUAACUGAAGCUCAUAUUACAUGUUUUGUUCUAAGUGAAGGUAAGUUAAUAUAUCCUGUACAGGGAAUAAACUGUAUAUAAAAUAUUUAAUUUUUUUCUGUACAUUUUAGUGCUAAAUUUAACAUAUUGGAAAACAAGAAAAUAUAAAAAAAAAUUUAAAUUUGCUUUUAAAAUGGGAUUUAGCAAAUAAACGGUAAUUGUGCAUUAAAAUGCUCUCUUUAGAGCAUGUGUAAAUAUUUUCACGUAUAAAAAAAAACAAAAAAACAAAACAUGUAAUUUGACUAGGGACUCACAGACCUGCAUCUCUUGUUAUGGACAAAAGCCUUUUUUUUCUAGAAAAGUGUGAGUUAAAUGGAUUUUUGUACUUUAUUUGGACUAAAGAUGGACUGGUGACCUGUCCAGGGUAUAUCCUGCCUUCUGCCCAAUGACAGCUGGGAUAAGCUCCAGCACCCCCCAUGGCCCAGAAGAAGGAGAAGCGGCUUAGAUGAUGUGUGAAUGUGUGUGUGGGUGUGUAGGUGUUUGGACUAAAAACAAAGCUUAUCUUUAUGUUUGUAAUUCAUUGAACUAAGUGCAACAUGUGUAGAUGAAAACAUGCAUUGAAUGAUUGGUGAAUGAAAUGCUUAUUGGAGUCACUGAGAGAUGUGGACGGUGAGAGAAGAAAGUAUGUGGACUGGAUGUUUGAGUAUCUUUUUUUAUGUGUACAUGUAAUAUUUAGUGAGUGUGUGAUCAAGGCCAUGAGAAAUGUGACCCAGUUACUGUCACUUUCCUUUAUCUGAUUAUGAACAUUAAGGUCGAUUGCUAGAUCUUAAAGGCACAAACGCAGGCCAGACUGUAUGAAAGAUACACUUCUAUCUGCCAGUUGGUGGAAAAUUGAAUUCCUUUUCUAUUGUAAAGGCUACACUUCAUUAUGGUAUCACCUAAUUAUAUUUUUCCCACAUCUAUUACAAAAGUGUUUUUUCUAAAAGUAUAAAAAAAAAUAACCACAACAAUAUGUACUAUUCCUGAAUGACAACUUAUGGCAUACUCACUUUUAAACCACCACUACUGGUGCAUUCAAGUGGUUUAUUACACAUUUAUUAUUAAUCUUCAUUUAGACUAGGUGGCAUUAAUUGUUUGAUUUAUAAGUCUUGUUGCAAACAAGAUUCCCAUAUAAUGGGAAAGUAAUUUUUAGUUCAUAAAGCAAUAAAUAUUUGCCUCCACAAAUUUGAUACGAAUUUGUAAAAUCACUUUUGUCGUGAAGAUGUCCUUACAUAUCAUUUGUCUGCCACAUCAAAUGCUGUGAAUUAUGACAGUAAAUAUGAUGUUUGUAUAAAUCUCAACUCCCAUAUUAUGACAAGAGGAGUUGACUCCUCAAUGAUGUUAUGAUGUCUGUUGUAGAUAUGCGGACGUGCUUCUAUGCACAGGACAUGCACAGUCCUAAUGUACCCUUAUAAACAAUACCAGUUAUGUUUCUAAUAAAAAAAGACAACAGAAAA